AUGAUUGCUUCCGGAUUAUCCUUCGAGAUCCUUUUUUCAGUAGCAUCUCUACUCACAACUAAAGAUAAAUUGUGCUGUACUUUAGUUUGUAGCUCAUGGAAAGCACCAUUUCAAGAUGCUCUGUGGAGCACAGUGGAUAUUAGCGGUUAUGAAAAGCUAGAUGCAAUGUGUAAUUUAAUUCUCCAACCAAAUGUCUAUCUGCAAAAUGGCCAUCGAGUACGAAAAUUGCUUUUUAACAAAGGAGUAGCAACAAGCGAAUCCCAGCUACUGAAGAUCCAGCAAUAUUUCUGCAACAUUGAGUAUCUAAAGAUCCGCCUAGGAAACUUGACCCAAUACAAAACAGCUGUCGUAUCUGCCGAUUGGAGUCUUUGGAGAACAUUGACACAUUUGGAUAUAUAUGUAUCUGGCUUAAAUUCUGAAAACGAACCUCGAGAUGUAUUACAUAUCGUCUCUUUCCUGCCUGCCCUUAGGCGAUUCGAUCUUACCGACAAAUAUUAUACCCUAAGACUACCAUAUACUUUGCAAGAUUUUGAAAAUUUUCACGCGUAUUUACCACGACUAGAAUACCUAGCUAUGGAUUUUUUAACUAAAAAAAUAUCAUUUGAAGAGGUUUUGCAGGCGAACAUAAUACCCACAACCGUCUUGACCACAGUAAAUCUUUUUAAUCGAAGAAUGGAUCAUGGAUGGCUCUAUUAUUGUGCACUUAAGUAUCCGAAUGUACACACCUUUGGAUGGAGAGCGGACUGUAGACAAGACGCAACUGAACAAGAGCAAGAACAAGCCAUGUCCAUGAUUUCAUCUUUUACAUCAUUCUUCCCACACCUGCAUACCUUAUUUUUCAGAGAGCUCCUAACAAUUGACUUGCGACACACAAUACUCUGGAAGCUUCUGUGUCAAGCUGGUGUAUAUCCCAAGCAUUUACAUUAUGAUUUAGAGUGGAUGGAUAGUUCACCAUAUCAAUCCAGAAGAACCUUGAGUAACGGAAUGUAUUCUUGCUCAGAACAUCUCGAGACUCUCUCACUCACAAGCUUUAAUCAUAACUUUCUUCUUACUCACUCACUCUUAACGCUUGGCGAGUUUCCUCGACUUGUUGACUUGCGUAUUAUGCUGAAUCGAGCAAGUAUAUUUUUCGAUGUAAUUCUUGAUCAAUGCAUUUCUCUCAAAUCACUCAAGUUGGAUAAUUGUCUUGUUAUUUUCGACUCUGCCACGCCCGAAAACUCGGCAAAGCAUGGGUUGCGCCAGAUCGAGAUUUGUCACUUAAAGGUCGGCCCGAAAAUCUUCCACUAUAUUUCCGUUCGCUGUCAAGAGUUAGACCACCUCAGUUUGAAUGAAAUGCGGAUAGUAGGAUCAAUGUCCAAAGAUUCUGGCGCUUUGUACCUGAAUAUGCCCUACACUUGUCUCAAGCUACUAAAGCUUAAUAAUGUGUAUUUCUAUUCUUCUGACAACGAAUAUGACAAAGACCUUAUCAAAAUAUUUUGUAUCGAACAAAGCGAUUCUUCUGUCACAAAUGCACUUAAGAAUAUCAAGACCUUUGAGCGAUACCCUAUAUGUGUUUUAGCAGGAUUGUGGUUCUACUAUUGUUUGAACCGAUCUGAAGGAAACUUGGCUGCCAAAAUACGAAUACUGAAUCCAGACGAGAUCGAUUUUGCGCAAAAAUAUUUCAAGUCUUUCCGAAACAAAAUGAUUGGAUCUCCCAUAAAUCUUUUCGGGACAUCGAGAGAAUUCCAUUCAAUUGAGGAACGUACCUGGAAGGAUGAUCUUGUUAAAGGACAUGUUCGAUUUUUCUGUAAAUAUAUGAGCGAACUUUCCAUCGAUAAUGUGCCAUUUUGCAAGAAUACGACAUAA